AUGACGCCAACAUCGGCCGAUGAACAUAAUGCGGUUGAUAGACGAGCCAAGAAGAGAGAGCUGGAUCGUCGAGCUCAGCGAGCCGCUCGAGAACGCAACCGCAAUCGGAUUGCUCACCUGGAAGAGACAAUUGAAGCCAUGAAAGCACAAGAUUCCACCAACAAGGCGGCUGAUUUGAUGGAUCAACUGGCUCAAGUCAAGUUGGAACGCGAUCGAUUGGUUGAGACGCUGCAGUCCAUUAGCGAUCUGGCUGGGCGUCAUGGAUGUACGCUCCCAAAGACAGCGGAACCUGCUCAGAUCGGAGGAAGCCAGAGUGGCCAGCAGGCCAUAAGAGAAGCAAGAGUCGCUUCGCCCAUACCAUCAACGGAAUCCUUUGUAGAAGGCCUUGCGAUAGAGCCCAACAUGGAUCUUCAAUCGAUCGCUAGCCCGCUGCUCGGAGCUGGCCAGUCUGGGACUCAACAUGUUGUCGAAGCAAAUGACCAGCUCGACUUGGACUCUGAAACCCUGCCCAUAUUCUCUGCAUCGGACGGUCUCAUCUUACCAGAGCCCUUGGGAGUUUGCGAUUGUAUUCUACCUCCAGCGACUGUCGGUGUCACUAGUUCGUCCGACACAGCCGAUUCGAGCAUCUGGAAGAGUGCAAAUCAAAUUCUUGGCCUGAAUCCAUCCUUACCACAGAGUACGCUUCGGAUAGAGGAUAAAACAUCCGAGGACUUGCCCGUUCGCGCCAUUCUACGAGGAUGGAAUUCGUUCGAUAGCGGAGACUUACCUCCCUUGUGGCAAAUACUACGACAAACUGACACCCUCCAAUUCCGAGGAUGUAGGGAUGUGGAAAGAUUGGCAAUUAUGGUUAUGAUGCAUCGUAUCCUCCGGUGCCAAGCUGAUACUUCCAAUGAACGGUGGAAAAAACUCCCGCCGUGGCUGCAAGGCAGGCCAUCUCAAAUGCUGCCACAUUCCCCAGCCGUUGACUUCUUUGUAUGGCCCGGAGUACGAGAACGCUUCGUCUUUUUCCAGCACCGCUACUGCUCAAAUACCUUCUGGAAGGUCUUUGCAGAAUCCUUCCGAUUAUUGUGGCCCUUCGAAUUCCGAGAUUGUUAUCAGAGAAAUGUCAUGACCGGAGCAUAUUCUUUGUCACCCGCAUUCGAGAGCCGGCUAUAUGAUAUUAACUGCUGGGCGAUGACGAAUGAUUUCUUUUACCAUUUCCCAGACUUUCGCUCCGAUAUACCAUGCGCGCAGAAUAUCACGAGCCUCCAGUUUCGGCACCAGCCUGAAAGCGAAGACUCAGAACAGCUGAGUAACAACUCUUCGUCCUACCUCCUCGACACUAUGUUUUAG